CAAAAUGGAAAGGUUCCAGUCUUCCAUGCGCAAGCGGCUUUACAGCUUGCCGCAAAAUAUUGGGCAAAGACCUUUUGUGGUGGACGAAGGGGACAGCGGCGACAAGGACACAAAGAGGAAAAGUAUUCUGCUGAGGCAUUUGUCCUCUCUGUCCCCCACCAGCAGUUGCCGAAGCGUCGAAGAGGCCAGCAGGCUCGCCGCCGGUAAGACCAACUUGAAUGGGGACUGUCGCCGUUUCAGAGGCAGCAUCUCCUCCGUCGGCGGGCGCCAUCCCGCCGGGUCAGAUCCAGCGGAGCAGCGCUGUCUCAUCCCCGAGGCGGACGCCGGUGGAGGGGAUGAGAGUUCCCCCGGUGAGCGCGGCUCGGCAGCGGGAGGUCAUAUCGGCGCGGCCGGACAAGCGUCCCUCUAUGACCAGACGAGUUUCAUCAAGUUGGAAGGGAGCGAGCAAAUCAUCCCCGAGGAUGAGCGACUUUACCAAGCCGGAUUUAUGCACCGGCAGUUCGGGGCGAUGCUCCAACCCGGAGUCAACAAGUUCUCUCUGCGGAUGUUGGGGAGUGAGAGGGCCGUGGAACACGAGAGGGAACGCGUCAAAUCUGCGGGUUUCUGGAUUAUACACCCUUACAGUGAUUUUAGAUUCUACUGGGAUCUGACCAUGCUGCUUCUCAUGGUGGGAAACCUCAUCAUCAUUCCUGUGGGCAUCACCUUCUUCAAAGAUGAACACACACCACCCUGGAUCGUUUUCAAUGUGGUCUCAGACACCUUCUUCCUUAUGGACUUAGUCCUCAACUUUCGUACAGGCAUUGUCAAAGAAGACAACACUGAGAUUAUCCUGGACCCUCAGAAGAUCAAGAUCAAGUACCUGAAGGGCUGGUUUGUGGUGGAUUUCAUCUCCUCCAUACCCGUGGACUACAUCUUUCUCAUUGUAGAGACUCGCAUUGACUCUGAUUUUUACAAGACAGCCAGAGCCCUGAGGAUCGUGCGCUUCACCAAAAUUCUCAGUCUCCUACGCCUGCUGCGCCUCUCCAGACUCAUCCGCUACAUCCACCAGUGGGAAGAGGUUUUCCACAUGACCUAUGACCUGGCCAGUGCCAUGGUGCGUAUCAUGAAUCUGAUUGGAAUGAUGCUGCUGCUGUGUCACUGGGAUGGCUGUCUGCAGUUUCUGGUUCCAAUGCUGCAGGACUUCCCUCCCGAUUGCUGGGUCACUCGAAACAAGAUGGUGAACGACACAUGGGGUCAGCAAUAUUCUUACGCCCUCUUCAAAGCCAUGAGCCACAUGCUGUGCAUUGGCUACGGGCUGUACCCGCCAAUCGGAAUGGCCGACGUGUGGCUGACCAUACUCAGCAUGAUUGUGGGCGCGACCUGCUUUGCCAUGUUUGUGGGACACGCCACGGCCCUGAUUCAGUCUCUGGAUUCCUCCAGGAGGCAGUACCAAGAAAAGUACAAACAGGUGGAGCAGUACAUGUCCUUCCACAAGCUCCCCGCCGACAUGCGUCAGAGAAUCCACGAUUACUACGAACACCGAUACCAGGGCAAGAUGUUUGACGAGGAGAGCAUUUUGGAGGAGCUCAACGAACCGCUGAGAGAGGAGAUCAUCAACUUCAACUGCCGCAAGCUGGUGGCAUCCAUGCCCUUGUUCGCCAAUGCCGAUCCAAACUUCGUCACGUCCAUGCUGACCAAACUUCGCUUCGAGGUCUUUCAGCCAGGUGACUAUAUCAUCAGAGAAGGAACCAUCGGCAAGAAAAUGUACUUCAUCCAGCACGGAGUCGUCAGCGUCUUGACCAAAAACAGCCAGGACACCAAGCUGUCAGACGGCUCUUAUUUUGGAGAGAUUUGCCUUCUAACCCGAGGCAGAAGGACCGCAAGCGUGCGGGCAGAGAACUACUGCCGACUCUACUCCCUAUCUGUGGACAACUUCAACGAGGUGCUGGAGGAGUAUCCAAUGAUGAGGAGAGCUUUUGAGACUGUGGCCCUAGACCGACUAGACCGCAUUGGGAAGAGGAACUCUGUUCUUCAGCACAAAGUCCAACAUCACCAAAGUUCAGGGACACUAAACCUCCAAGAGAGUGAAAUCAUCCAAAGAAUAGUGCAGCAUGACCGCGAUAUGGCUCAGUGCACACGGUUGAUCCAGACCAGCAACACACAGAUCUUGGACAACCCCUCUGUUUCCUCGUCAGCCACCCCAGUCAUCUGGGCCCCUCUAGUUCAGGCGCCACUCCAGGCCGCUGCAGCCACGACGCCAUUAGCACUAGCUUUAGCUCACCACUCCCAGCUGCCUCCGAUCCUUUUUCAUCAUCCUCUGGUUACAGGCUCCCUAAAAGACCCUAUUGGCUACCAGAAAAGAACCCAUACUGGAGCGGCGCCAUCUAGUGUCUGCGGGUCAGUUCCCAGUUCUCCCGUUGGUUCAAGCAAAUUCCGUGCAGAGGUUGAAAGUCCCACUCUCACCUCUAUCAGCCCUCCACAUCUUUCUACCAGGCACUUGUCCACUGUGACGUCCCAGCCCAUCUUCACUAGCAGUAUCCAGCCCCUGGCCCCUCCGGAACAACCGCCCCACCACCCUCCCCACUGCGCCUCAGUCUUACCUGUAAGCCGGGCUGCUGUCUCCUACGCUUGCACUGCUCAGCUCCACCCGCAGCCCUUCCAAGAGAUUCGGAGAUUCCCAGCCCCCUCUUCUUGCGCCCUAAAUCCUCUGAUCUCCAGCUCUGUUGGCCCGAUUCUAAGCCAGCUGCAGCAGAGCUCUCACAACAUGGUGCAGCAGAUGGGGUCCAGUCAUGGCAGUGUGGGCAGGAUCGCCAGUGCUAUGAAUUUCCCACAUUUUCCCAUUAUCACCAGCACGCAAUACUCUAGCAGAUCAUCAGCAAAUGGAGACGGGGUUGCGGCUUCUCUGGCGCAGCACAGCCUAGCUGGCCUCAAUUCAGUUUUCCUGCCACAGGUUCUUCCUGAGCAGUCUGCACUCGCCUCCCUGAUGCAGUAUGGCUCUGCGGAAGCCUCGCCUUGCUACACGCCUCCUCUCCAUAGUCCUAGCUUACAGAGUCCUGGGAGAAGGACUGUUCACCAAAGUGAGCCCUACCGGGCUCAAGACUCUGACAGCCCCCUUACAGUUCAGACCUCAUGCCCUGUUCGUUUAGGGUGCACCAUCAGGGAGGGCAAUGAGUCACCAGCUAAGCUCUUUACCCAGGAAAUAAAAACCAUCUCAGGCUCUUACAGCUCUCCACAACACACGCAAGAUAGACUUUUGGUUAUCACUCCAGAGGAGGCAGAGGGAGCACAGAGUCCCUUCUUUUCCCCACUAGCAACUUUUAAACCCCAGGCAACGAUCCCGGGUAACACCACUUCUGUUACCUGGGCAUAUUCAGGACUUGAACCUCGGAACAGGUUUAUAGAUGUGAACUCAAAAACCCUUGAGAAUCAGCGCAAUGAGUCUAAACUUCCCUCCAGUUUGUGACUUUCAGACACCCCUUCUUUUGAUAACUACAACUCAAUACCCUCGUCUUUGGCACUCCUUUUUAGCCCUGCUUUUCUCCUUCAAAUAUAGGAGGGUGUGUGAUUUAUUAUCUGAUUGCAGAUUUCCAACACAGAAUGUAUGAAUUGCAGGUAUUAAUGGACUAUUUCUAUAGCAUGUUUAUCCUUUAAAUUUAGUCCCAUUGGUGGCUACAUACUGUAGCACUCCCUGAAAGUAUGACUUUAUCAUGUUAGGUCUACUAUAUACGCAAAAUGUGAUUAUUUCCACUGUUUAACCAUGUUUUCCUUGCAACCUUUUGUCUUCACUCAUUUACAGCUCUCUCAAGUAUAUGAUACAACGAAAACCUAAUAAUACCCUUUACCCUCUUCUCAGCUAUGAAUGCAGUGUUACACAAAGAGAACUUCAGAGGCUCUGGUGCACUUUGAUGUCCCCCCCCCCCAUAAUGUUUGCGUCACCAGCAGUAAGCCAAACUUAUCCACGGUGGAUGUUGUACUUCACAAAGGAUCUAUAGAAUGGGCAUACCAAAUUCUGAGACAGACUCAACUGAUAUAGAGGUGUCUGAACUUCAGGUUUGAUAUGAUAGUUUGCAGCGCAGAUGAGAAAAUACCACCUAAUCGGAGGUUGCGGUUCUAAAUUAAAGACCUAAUGUGAAGUAAGGUUGGCCAACCAUGUUUUUGAAUAAUAUCAAUGGCUAAACAAUUCUAAGCAUAUUUUUGUUUUUAGUUUUUUAAUCCAACCCUUCCAGAUUCUUUGUUUAACCCAUAGCAAAGCCCUUGACAACGAAAAUGCUUUUCUUCGACAAUCUUCGGAAAUCUUCGGAAAUAACGUCACACAGAGAACUGCGAGGGAAGUCCACCAUAGAACAGUAUUGUUGCAUUGCUUCUCGGUAAGAUGCCACGGCGGUGUGUGGCAAUGUAUUGUUCUCAAUCUAAAGAAAACUUGUAUGACUGGCCAAAGGAUAGCAGAGCAUGUAAAUGGACAUCUUUCGUUCGCACGAAGCGAAUGAAUUUCACGCCAUCAUCGAGUAGUGUUCUCUGCUGCAAACACUUCGAUGAUGCCUGCUUCCUCAACCGGUCGGCUAAUGAUCAAGGAUUUCCCAAAAAGUAGAUGACUGAUGACUUUGUCAAAGCAGAGCUGCCAACUGUUGUGGAAUGAACAGUUGAAGGUAGCGACAUUAGCCGAAAGCUAACUCGUGGCGAUCCCCGAUCAUAGUUGUAUUGAGUUCAUUUUGCCUACACUUAUAAGUUGGUCAAAACUUUUCUUUUAUCCCAGGCAAUAGUGGGUGAUUUAUUUACCUGACAUGUUUCGGCGAACACUUCCGCAUUCGUCAGAGGGUCCGAAGGCGGAAGUGUUCGCCGAAACAUGUCAGGUAAAUAAAAGCUAACGUCGCUAGCUUCUACUGUUCAUUCCACAACACGAUCGGGGAUUCGUCAAAACUUUUCUUUUAUCCCAGGCAAUAGAUCCCAAUCACCAACGUCACACAAUGGCGUGUCGCUGUAUUGUGCCGCCAUAUUGUCCGUCAUUGUGUGUCCGUAAUCUCAAUGGUCUCAAUUUAUCAUGCAAUUUAUAGUGCAAUUCAUGGAAGCCCCGAUGCUUUCAGACGCUGUAAACUCAUUGGAUGUGUUGCAUUAAAGGCGUUAUGUGGAAAAGCUUCGGUCGAUCCAUUCGCCAGAUCCAUAUUUGAUGCCUAAACCAAUAUUUUUCGACCCGCUGUCUUCGCCGUCUCUGCCUGACAUCUGCCACCCUGAUAUCUACAACUAUCUUGUCCACAGAAACUCAGCCUAUUCUCACGAAAGUUUAAAAAACUUUAAGAGCAGCACUCUAAGCAACAUUACCCCGUGUGACCCUUUACUUCCAAUUUUCUAAAAUGGCGACAAUCAAUAAAUUUUUUUUUUUUUAAAGUUCACUGCGAUGGCCGACGCUUCAAGGAUAGGUGGAUAUUGGACUAUUUCUUCAAUAAAAUACGCAACAACUGUGUCUGCCUCAUUUGCAAAGAGACAGUCGCUGUUUUCAAAGAGUUCGAUGUGAGGCGAUAUUACCAAACAAGACACGCUGACAUGUACGACAAAAUUACAGGGAAGAUACACAGCGAGAAAUUAAAGCAACUUGAAGCUAGUUUAAUUUCAUAGCAGCAGUAUUUCGCAAGAGGCCGAGGGUCGAAAGCGAACGCCACAAAGGCGAGAUUGUUGAAAUUAUGAAUUAAAAAAAAAUAAUAAUAAAGCAAAUGUGACACACAGAAGGGCUUGCUAUAAUUUGUUUAAAUAUAUUGUUCUACGUAAAUCAGCCAAGGUAGCCCCCCACAUUUUUACCACACCGAAUCUGGCCCUCUUUGCAAAAAGUUUGGACACCCCUGUUUAACUGAUGAUCCGUAGACGAGGCCAGCUUCUUUCACUUGGUACCAGGUAAAUAUUAUUCAAAAAAUAAUGAUGGUGGAAGAAAUAAACAUCUUGAAUUUGAAACUGUAUGUUGUCAGCGAUUAGCCUCGCAAUGAUCUUAAUUGUGGUUGUCAGCCCAAAACCCUCUAAAAAAUAUUAAAUGCAUCCUACCAGAUAUAAAAUGACUACUACAUAGUCCACGGUGAUCGUUUGGUGCCCAGUUUUCUCGUGGAAUUGCAGCAGUCCAUCUCGCUCUCCUCUUCGGGUCUCUCGGAAUACGGUAGAACUUCAAGUGUCUCCGUCUAUCUUCUCUGUUACUGCAACCAACCGCCACACACGCCUUCACUGUUUUGAUUAUUAAUGUUAACGAGCAGAAAAACGCCAUAAUAAGAUGAAUGUACGUAGCGAUAAUGUGUAAACACGAUGAGCUGACGGACAUUAUGGCGGCUCAAGUCAGGGGGGCGGAGUUGUGAAGUAAUGUGAUUGGGGUCUAUAGUAGGUGGUUUAUUUACCUGACAUGUUUCGGCGAACACUGUCGCGUUCGUCAGAGGGUCCGAAAAUAUUUGCUGAAAAGAAUACUCUAGUAACGAGUAGGCUAACUGCUUGAACAUGAAGUCUGAUUAUUAUUUUUUUUAAACAAUGUAAUCAGACAAAAAAAUAAAAUUAUGUGCCAAUUCCUGCAUCUUCAAAUCCUACAAAUAAUAACAGCCUAUAUCUUACCAAUCUUGUAAUCUCGAUGAGUCUUGUCCCAUUACAUGUCAGGUCGUGUGGGAACAUUGUUUGCAUCCUGAUUAGCGUCUGGCUAAUACAUGUAAGGUCCAACAUAAAAUUCCAACCUCCUCCUCUUCCUCCAACUCUUCAAAAACUUGGAUCUCCUCAUUUGCGAUCUAUCCCUUAUAUCGCUGUUUGAAUCAUUGUUUGAAGGGCUUUGUAUGGCGGCAGUAUGGAGCGCUGCCAUCGCUGUUCUUGGUGUGACGUAUCACUUCCGGGUUCGUCCCCUUUCAGGCUCGAACUUCGGAAACGCGAUUAUUUUGUAAAAUAUACAACAUAUAAAUUAUUUUUUUCAUGCUUUAUUUGUUGAGCAAUGUUUAAUUACUUUAAUUGUGAACCUAUUUGGCAAUUUAUGAAAUUACUUCACAUUUGGUCUUUAAAGAAGAGUGAAAUGCACCCCAUGUGAGUUUGAAGUCCUCAGAUAGAGGCGGUCAAGGUCUUGUUCAGGAAACAGGGAAAGAUUGUUCCUGAAAUUGAGAGGAAGACAAAUUCAGGUGUGGUCAAUGCAAGGGCGUAGGUUUGGUCUCAACAUUGGUAGGGACGAUAUAACAUAUCAAGAUAUCCAAGGACUGAUCUACAUCUGAGGCAUACUCGACUUCCCAAGGCUUGAACCAAAGUACUCUCAUGAAAUUCUGAUGUGUGAUUUAAUUUCACAGAUUUUUUUCUUGUGUCAUUUAAUGUUCAUGUUAAAUAAAGGGACUUGGACUCUGAAGCCACCACGUUGCAUUACCGUAAUGCACAUAAUGCAAACAAUGAUCCAAAUGAGGGAUGGCUAGCUUGACUUCGUUAUUGCUUGUGGAGGCUGCUCUGACCUUGCCUAGCACAGCCAGACUAUUCUCCCUGUAUUUUUCAAACACUGUGAGAAAUAGUCUGGGACCCAGCCCAUUAACGGCCUCUCGAGCAAGGUACAAAAUCAAUCGUCCAAUCAGAUUCGUUUAUUUGCGUGACGUGUUCUUAACGAGUAACGUCACUCUUGCGCGCCGAAAGUCGUGUCUCCAACAGCACAGAUGGCGAACGGGAGAGCCGAGAAUAUGUUCCAAUCCGCGGUAAAACCAGUUUUAAAUGACCAAAAACACAUCGAAACAAGUCAUUGAGAACAGUCAACAUGGCUCGCGCUAGCCAUGUUGAAUAAACUUCUCCAUUCUCCGCUCAUGCUAAUUACUUGUCGCUUUAACAACGUCACGUCUGCCGUCGCUGAUUGGUCCACUCCGCUGUCUGUUUGCUGUGGCUUGCUCCGCCCUCGGAAUUCGAUCCGCCGGACGGUCGCCAGACAUAUACCAGGCAAGUCCUGACCGCAGUAGUUUUGCAUGUUCACACAGUUUAAUGUUAUGCUAACUCUGAUGCAGGUUGGACUGUCAGUAGCAAAAUUAGUGGUGUUUCCCCCACGUCCACAACAUUGACGUCUUUUUACAGUACAUGCAGAAGCUCCUGCUGGCCAAAAAAACUUCUAAUAUUCCUCCCCUUCGAAGGGGGCAGAGGGGGCGACGUGUUGUCGACAUGAAUCUGUCGGGGCUAUGUGUGUC